AUGGAGAUAUCAGAUUAAAAAUUACCAAAGAUGGUAAUUUCGUCUUCUCAAAUACUAAAUUUGUACUACAGCUUUAAUUUUAGGUUUUUCACGCACUCAAUAGCACUGAUGGCAAUGGCAAUUAUAGAUUUAGUGGCGAGUUGCUAUUCUAAUAAUGAUAAUUCUAAAAAAAUGGCAAUUGUAUCAUGGAUUUAGACAUGCUUAUUUUUUAUAGAAAUAGUUGCGAUUUGUCUUAUUAAUACUGGAAAAAUUCCUAGUUUUUAAAAGUUCUUUUAGGAAUGGCAGAUCAGCUUAUUUAAAAAUUGUUUGUGCAUAGGAGAAGUAUCUCUUCAGAUUGAGUAUUUAAUGCAGGAAGAUAUGGGAAUGAAAAUCAUGGUCUCUUUUUUUAGGAUAGUUUUUAUUUUAGCCACCUUCACUUAGUGGGAGAAAAAGAACAUUUAUCGCUUUUUAAAUCUAAUUUUUACUUUUAUCUAUUUAUAACUCAGGUGUAUAACUUAUACAAUGGACUCAAUCGCUUCAAGAAUUAAUCUUCUACUAUUAUUUUUAAUUUUUUUGCAAACAAUUAACGGAGAUGUUUAGCACAUUCUAGAUUCUCCACAUUUGAUAUCUCAAGAAUAAGACCUAAUCCUGACCCAAAAAAGGAUGACAUUUAGCGAGUAGAAUUAUUAAAACCCAAGGUAGAACACCAGAGGUAUCACGUUUGGAGGAAGUUUAGGUGGUCUUUUUAGUUUUAUUAACAAGCCAAAAACUAUGACUAAUAGUUCUAUUUCCAAAGAAUGUUAAUAACAAGGGAAAACCUCAAUUGCAAGCAACCACAUAUAAAAUAAUGGCACUCAUACUUUAUUAGCAAAUGAAGUUAAUUAAAAAGGUUUGCAUAAAAAUGGGCAGUAAAUUAAUGAGUAGCAUAUAGCAACAGAUAAAAAUGGUUAAGCCUGCUAUCAAUUUACUUUAUAAACGAAUGGACCUGCUAAUUCCGAAAACAACACUAGUAGCAACUUGGUAUAAAAUACUGAGUAAUUUACAGUGAGAAAAAAUUUAGAAAAAUCUCUUACUGCGAAAUUCGGCAGUCCGAAGUUGGUAUGCUAGUAGAAUUCAAACGAGGUAGAUGACAUCAAUUUAUCUGAAAAUAAUAAUGAAGAUUUUGUCAAAAUCUAAAAUGCAAAUAGUGAAUUUUGUAGUCCUAAAACUUGUUAAGAAUAUUCGAAAUAAAGGAAAAAGAGCAAUUUUUAGAUGUAUGCUACUCAGGAAAACAGUAAAGAAAAUCACCAAGAAAUUGAAGAUAAAUAAAUUUAAAAACCAAAUAAAAGCCAUUAAGAUUUGUAAACUUCAGUUUUGAGUCCAGAUUUUCUUGCCAACAGGAAAAAUAAUAAAAAUGAAAACAGCAUUCAAAGUAUACAUUAAUAUUAAAAUAGCAAGAUGAUUGAACAAGAAAAGCAAAGCGAUAAAAGACUUUAAGAAAUAAAACUGUUCAAAUUACCUUUAACCACAAAAGAUGAAGAAAAUUAUGCUCAAAUUAACCAAAUCAAAUAGAACUAUCAAUCUUAGGAAUACUCAAAAAAUACUCAGAUUUCAAUUAGUCCUAAAAGUAUUUAAUCAUAUGAACUCUCCUUAUCUCCAGUCUUACAGCUCAGUGUCCCCAAUAACUCACAAUUCUAUUAGAUGUUUUUUUAAAUUUUGCCUGAAGGUAUUCUUUUACUUGGCUCCAAGUAAAAUAAAGUGCAUGUCCAGAAUAGAAUGUUAGAGAGACUAAUGAAUAUCAAAGGAGGCUCCUUAAUUGAUAAAUUUUUCAAAUUAGAAAAUAAUUUAAAUUUAGGAGAAACUAGCGACACUUCAGGAACACUAGACAUACUCCCCAUGAUUAUGAAUAUGAAAACAAUACUGAAUGAAUCUACUUCACAAUAAAGGAUAUCUUCAAUUCAAUAGCUUAAUUAAAACAUUUUGCCAAAUUAGCAAUAAAACGUUGAUUCUAAAAUGACUUAGCCAUCUCAGUUCUAGCCUAAGCCUUAAGCAGGAUCAGACAAUGACGAAAGGACUAACACUUAAGGCAGUAACAAUCAAAUACCAUCCAUGCCAAAUGUUAGCAUUUUACAAUUAGAAGAUCCUAAAUAUAACCAACAAGCAUAUGGACAGAGCUUGUAAAAUAGUCCUAGUAUAGGCUAACAGCAAAACUAAAUUGAUGAGUCGAUUCUAUCUAAAUCUAAUUUAAAGUACAUCCCUUAGCCUAUAAGAUAGAAUAUGAAUCAAAAAUUAAAUAUGAAUGCUUAAUAUAAUAAUAAUAUUAUGAAUCGUAAGGAAAAAGACUUAGCAGAAGAAUAAAUUAUUAAACAAAUUGAUUAAUAAAGAAGUCAGUUUACCAAUGAUAUGCAAAAGGAAUAUUCAAAUUCUUAUAGCAGCAAUCUAAAUUAGAGCGCUCAAACAUAAAAUAACAUAGAUGUCACGUACAGCAGAAAAAAGACGAUAGGCGAAUUGUACAGAAGCUUAAUCAAAGAAAUACAGCAAGACAUAGAAAUGAAUGGUUCAGCAAGUAAAUACGAAGCUUUUGAGCACCAAGUUAAGAUGAUUUGUUCCUUCCCCUAUAUCAAAAAGAAAAGAACAUCAAAUUCAAACUUAAAGUCCUAAUUUAAUAUUUCAUAAAUGGCGUAUUCAAAUAUGAACUUGAAUAUAUAAUCUGUUUCUAAUGUAAAAAGUGACACAAGUGAAAAUGUAGAAAAUUGCAAAAAGAUUUUCGAAGUCACUUGCAUACCCUGCAUUAUUGAAGGUCAGCCUUCCGUCCUUUUUGUAGUCAAGGAUGUUACCCAUUUCAACUAAAUCAAGCUCCUCAAGCACAUCAACAAGAAUAAAUCACAGAUGCUAUCUUAAGUAGCCCAUGAAUUUAGAACACCUCUAAAUUGUAUUAUAUCUAUGAUGGACUUAGCUAGCAUUACCAAUCCAUAGAGUCAGAUUUAAUAAUACUUAAAGCCAGCUUUGACAAGCGCUAAAUAGCUAAACUCAAUGGUCAAUGAUUUACUAGAUCUUGCAUAAUUAAAGGCUGGUAAGUUUUCUUUAAAUAUGGAGAGCUUUAACUUGUAAGAACUAAUAUCUUAAAUUGUUGUUUUGAUGAGCAUUUAAUCUGAGUAAAAGGGUCUGGCCUUAAUAUCAAACAUAGAUCCUCAAAUUCCAAACUCAAUAUAUAGCGAUCCAAAUCGUCUAAGAUAGAUUAUAAUCAACUUGGUUGGAAAUUCUUUAAAAUUUACUAAAAAAGGUAGUAUAACAAUUAAGGCUUCUUUAAUCAGCACAAAAGUGAUUAAAAUAAGUAUAAUUGAUACUGGUAUUGGCAUAAAAGAAGAAGAUAUGGCCAAUCUAUUCUAAGCUUUUGGAAAAAUCGCUGGUUAGGAAUAAAAACAGCUUAAUCCAAACGGUGUCGGAUUAGGACUGAUGAUUUCUCAUGUUCUGGCUAAGAAUUUAGGAGAAGGAGAAGGGUUAAAAGUAGAAUCUUAAGUAGGAAUAGGCACUGAAUUUUAUUUUGAGAUUGUUAAUAACUUGUAAAAAAUGAAUAUCGAUAAGUCUUUCAUUCUAAAAUCGUAAAUCGUUAAAUCUCAAUACUACAAGAAAUCUCAAAUAGCUUCCAUGAAAAUUGACUAAUAAGGAUAGCAAUAGCAAUAUUUAUAGCAACAAUAGUUGUAGUAUCAGCAAUAACAACAAUAAAAAUAAUAAUAAUAAUAAUUCAUUCAAAAACCUCAAAAUUAAGUGAACAAUGAUGACCUUAAGAAAUGCUCACAAAAUUAUAACUUUGAUGAUAUUUUGAAAACUUUUGGGAAAAUUGAUAGCUAUAAAGAUAUAAGUGGAUAAGAAAAUAAAGUAAAUAAGCAAGAAGAGUGGAAAGAAAAUGGUCACUAGUAGCAGUCAGCUCAAAAAAGAAAGCCAUCCAUUCAAUUACACAAUUCAUCUAAACUAAAAAAUUCAUCUAUUCCAUCAUAGAAUACAAUUUACACUCCUAAAUCGAACUCUUGCAAUUAAUUAGCAGGUAGUUUGGAAGAUCACUAGCCAGAUAUGAAUGGUUAAGCUAAUUUAUCUAUAUCUGCUUCUCUAAAUUAAAUGCUAAACCUUAAAUAAACUAAAAAUUAAAUUAUUACUAUUCAUGAGGAAGAGGGAGAAUAUGAAGGAGAUGGGUCUGCUAAUUUCAACAAUGAAAACUCGUAGAAAUUUGAAGAAAGAGACCAUUUAAUCAAAAGAAGUAGUAAAAGCUAAUUUAGCAAUCAUAAAAAUUAAUUCUACUACAAAGACUAAAUUGGCCCAAAAGUUUAACUUAAUAGAUGUCAUAUUAGAAAUGAAAGUGUAGAUUAUGAUGGUUGUGGCGAGAAUUUCGGGUUUUUAAGUGAUAGACCUAACUAAUAAAAUGCAAGUGAUAGUGAGAAUAUAAAAAGUUCCUUUGAAAAAAUCCUAUUUCCGCCAAAUUAGAAAAAAUUUGACAUUAGUGGUUUGUUAAACCAAAAUUAAAAUAAUAAUGUGGUGAAUAGCAAUAUUUAAAAGCUAUAAGUUCAAUCACAACUUGAUAAUUUAAUUGGUAAAAAUUUGAAUAACGUAGAAGAUUUGCAUGAUUCUUCGUCCGAUGAUAAAGAAAGCUCUGUUGCUGAUGAUGAAAAUUUAAAUGAUUCUUUUAAUGGAAAUUUCAAAAAAAUGUAAAAUAAUUCAGAUGAAUAGAAACAGCAAGAUAGCACUUAUAAUCAAGGAUAGCCAGACAAGAACUCUGAUAAAAAAGAUAACUUAAAGAAAAGAACUUAAAAAAGAUAUAAAACCAAAAUUAAAAGAUCUAGCUCAUAGGUAGAAUUCUUCGAAUCAUCUCAUAAAAGUGUGAGCUAAAGUCUAAGUGCUUCUGUCUAAGCAGAAGUAGAAAUUUUAACAAUAGAUGAUAAUGAAUUUAAUAAUAUGGUAUUAAAAAUGCACAUCGAAAGACUCAUCAGGGCAAGAGUUCACUGCGCAAUUGAUGCCCAUGAUGCACUAUCUAAAUUGCAAGAGCAAUACACGAAGACAAAAUCAGGUUUCGAUUUAAUUUUCUUAGAUCUCUCAAUGCCUGAAAUAGACGGUUAUGGGACAUUCAGCAUGAUUAAAGAUUUUUGUAACGAAAAGAGAAUCAAUUAAAACGUUGUUGCAUGUACUGGAUACAGCAGUUUAGAAGAAAAAGACAAGUGCAUAGAUAUUGGCAUGGUUGAUUAUAUCUUAAAGCCAAUAGAAAUACCCAAAUUAAAAGAAGUAUUAUCAAUCUUCCUAGACGGAAAUGCAUUCAACAAGUGA